CCCCUCACGUUUUCUUCGUUAGUUUGUAAGGAAUUUUGGAUUGAGAGAGAGAGAGAGAGAGAGAGUUUGAGUUUUUUGAGAGCGAAGGAGAGAGGGAGAGAGAGAGGAGAGAAGAGAGAAGGCGGAGUUGGUGGUGGCGGUGAGCUCGGUUUCUGUAGCUCGGUUGCGUCGUCGGAGCACAAUUGCAAUGGAGGUCAAUGGGAAAUCUGUGGUAGCAGCACCUGCUAAUGUUAUUUUUCUGUCGACAAUUUUGGGACGGGAUGGGUCAAUGUCUGUUCAUAAGUGUGACUGGAAGUGUCAGAAUGAGCAUGUCUGUGGGAAUAUGUAUCGCUGCAAGGUGACUGGACUCACUCACAUCUGUGACAAGAAUUGCAACCAGAGGAUUCUGUAUGAUAACCAUAGCUCUCUUUGCCGGGCAAGCGGGAAGGUUUUCCCCCUUACACCAGUAGAGGAACAGGCAGUGAGAGGGGUCCGGAGGAAGCUCGAGUCAGAGGCCCCUGCUGCUGCAGACAAUUGUUCCUUUAAGCGCAGACGGGAUGCACAGCUCCAUCCUUCUCCUUUCGAGAGAUCCUUCACUACUGCCAGUCUGAUCUGCAGCAAAGUUGGAGAUGGCAUGGACUUGAGCUAGAGAAAUAUAAGAUAAAUAAAUGACUCUUAUGCUUACCUUAAUCUUGUUCCUUUGAAAUCUUUUCUUAUUUUCUUAUUAUGGAACAAAUAUUGAUGAUGAACUUGAUGAUUACUUAAGUGGUGGACCUAAUGUGUCCUACCCGUCUGUAGGAACUAUCUAUAUUUGUAGUCCCUGUUUACUGCAAUUUAACUCUUCCAUUAGCUUGACA